UAGUUCAUUCCACCACAGGGGAACUGUUUAUAGCACAGUUUACCGCAAUUGGUACUAUGUCUUACAUUUUUCCACCACAGAGGUGAGUUGGGAACAAAUGGUUUUUAAUACACGCACACAGAAACCUGCAACACAGAACACACGCAAGUGUAGGCUGCUUAUGAGCACUGCGUAUGAAGAGUGGGAUUUCUAGAGAUUUAACUCAGACAUGAUUCAAUUUGGUGAACAAGAUGGAACCUGAGGACGCAUAUGAGAUUCCCUGUGAGGAUUUUGAGAGGGAAAAUAUUGCAGGUGAAAUGAUUGAUUUACCAGAGUUACACAACAUGGAGGAACCACCAAAAGUUGUCUAUGUGAGGUACAGAGAGAAAGGCAAAGACCACAUGUGCUGCUCUGUUUUCAACAUCAUGUUCUGCAACUGCUUGUUUCUGGGUUUAGCUGCUUUGAUAUGUUCACUGAAAGCAAGAAACAAAAUGAAUGAAGGAGACAUGGUGGGAGCUCAGAAAUGCAGCCGAUGUGCAUGUUGGACCAACACAGUGGCUGUGAUAUUGACCAUGUUGGCUCUUACUUUGUUCCUAGUGUUUGGAUUCGGUGGUUUUUACCAUUUACCUUAUGAGCAAUCUUCAUAUAAUUCAGAUUUUUCAUCAGUGGGUUCAUAUAAUUCUAAGUCCUCCUCAUAUGAUGUGUCUUUUGAUUGGGAUAUUGAUAGAUCCAAGUCCAAAAAUAAUCACAGAUCACAGUACAGACCCUCAAGCAACUGGAAUAGACCCUCAAGCAGUGGUGGUAGCCGUUACGGGGGAAGAUCCAGAGGGAAGAAGUAAUGGUGUUACUCUGAGCUUUAUUUGCAACAUUGCUGUAAUUCUUACGUUGAAUCAUCUGUUUAUUGUAACUAGAAAAUGCAUAAUCAUUUCCUGACUUUUAUUAGGAUGAUAUCAAGGUUGCAUAAAAUAUGUCUUACAUUAUGAAACAUAAGAGAAGGCAAAAAAACUAUUUGUCAUCUUGAAAUUAUAAGGUUCUAUCCAAAUAGCCUUGAGAUAUUGAGGUUUUUGCAGUUCAUUUGAUAAAACCUCUUUGUUUUCUGAAGUCCCAAAAUGUACACAACGUAAAGAUAAAAACAUCACAUAAUGUUAAUAAAUUGUCACAGAAUAAGAAUGUGAAUAACUCGAUUAAAAAAAUGACAAAAAAUAUGAAUUAUUGCAAUGCGACAAAUUGCUAAUGAGUCAUUUCAGAAAACUCAGAAGUUUUAUUUUCUGAGAAACACAAAUAUUUCCUGAGGGCCACACAUUAGUAUUCUAACAUUUCUAGAUUACUCUUAUUUUUAAAUUCGUAUAUUUCAAAUGUACCAUUCAUUUAGUUAAACUAUCUUCCAUUAGACAUUUGGUCA